CCUCAGCCAACUCUUCUAAUUUGAUUUAUUGAUGUGCAAAUACUAUUUUAAGUGACUGAAGUUUGAAGUUUGUGUUUGAGACAUGAAUGGUGACAGAAAUUUAGGAAUUAUCAUACGUUUCUUGUCUACACGUGCCCAGAUACCGACUUUCGUGUGACUGUGAGCUCUCGAUCGACUCUUGUGUAAAGAACACCACAACAGACAAUGACAGAACAGUCAAUUUAACUCAGUGACACUUAGAUCUGUGACUGUGUACUUGAUCAAACAUCUAUCUUUUUGUAGUAUUGGAAUUCAACAUGGCAGCCUUCACACAGCGUCAAACAACACCUAAAAAGAAAGAUUUACCGAGAGGGAGCAUUAGAAAGUUUGAACUGAGUGAUGAAGAUGAUUCAAGUGAUCAGAGUGACAGUGAGGAUGAACAGUCCUGGAAGCGUCGAAAGACAGCACCUGCCUUGUCCUUGUCUGAGUCUUCAUUCUACAGGGAUCAGCAGAAGCAGGGAAAGAGUUCUGAGAGACCAGACUACAGGUCUUCAAGGAUGAAAGAUGGAGACAGAGGAGUGGUUACAGUAGGGAAGAGGCGGAAGAACAACAUCUGGGGUUCUGUAGCUGUAGAGCAGAACCAGGAGGCCGUCGAGAGGGAAAUCACACAUUUUGGAGUUGAUCAGGUCAUGGAACGGGAUGUGGAGAGCUACAGCUACAAAGAUACAGAACAGCUCCCUCUUGGUGUAGCCACAAACAUUCCUCCUGGAGAUGAUGUCAUCAAGGGUAGAAAGCUGGUGAAGGCAGUAGGAGAGGAUGAGGAUGACGCUUGGCUUGCAGAUGAUCCACCAAGACAUAGUGAGCAGGAGGAAGAAGACCUAGAAAGACCACAUGAUGAUCUUCGGGAAAAAUUAAAGAAGCGUGGCUCCAUGGUUGCUGACAGGUUCCGGCGCUCCAAUGUAAAGAGCAGGCUUGGAACUCAUUCAGACAAUACUGAACAGGUCAUCCUGAUGAAGAAGGUGGAGAUUGACCCCAGUGCUGAGAAAAAGGUAAUCGCAGGUCAGCUUGCUUUCAGCCUCCAAGAGCCAAAGAGAGAACUUAUUCUGAGAAUAGUCAAGAUUCUUGGAGUCGAGAAGGCACUUCAGAUAUGGAAGCAAACAGAGGAGAUUGAAAAUGAUGGAGGAAUGAUGAUAGCGAACCGAACAAGGCGGCGAUCACCGGGUGGGGUAUUUAUCCAGCUGAUGAAGACAGAUCCAGACAUCUCCAAAGAAACCAUCAAGGACAUCUUCGCAGAAGAGAAAAAGAUCUUUGAAGCAGAGCGGAAGAAGAGGAGAAGGCACACCAGAAAGUCGGCAGCCUUCCACAAGGAUGGGGAUGAUCACCCUGGAAACAGGGAGGAAGAGAUGGAGGAAGCAGGAUUCGAGGGAGAUGGAGAGGCUGUUGGUGAAAUGGACAUGAGGGAUGAUAGAGUUCCGAAGUUAGAUGAUGAACCAUGUGUGAAUGAAAUGGAGCCAAUGCCGGAUGAACCAUCAAACCUUGAUCCUCUGGAUUGUGGAGUACCCCUGCGUCAGAAGGAGUGCAGUGAUAUCAAAGAGGACAAUGAUAACAUGAUGUUCCCAAAGCUAGAAGACAUCCCACAGAGGAAUGAAGACUCUGAUCCAGAAGAUGGAGAAGUUUUAGAUGAUGAUUGAUUCAAGUAAGCUGAUGUGCGUGCUUUCUGGUAUGCCUAUUUCCAACAGGUUUACAUUUGUUAUAUCAAUUUGUGACAUGGGUCCUGAAAUUGAUUAUUUUGAUUCAAAAAGAGAAGUACUUGUUAUUACAUUAUGAUUGAUUCGUGGAGAGCAAUUCAUUAAAUCAAUAUUGUUAUAAGCUACUGAAAUCUUUCCACCUGAUUGGAUGAAAUGAAAUGGAACAGUGAAAAUCAUGGACAAGAUACUUCAUGAUACUCUCCCCAGCGUGUCUAUGCAUUGCAUAUUUUCCUCUAUGCCAUUUUCUAACAGGUUUACAUUUGUUGUAUCACGUUUGUGACAUCGGUCCGUAAGUUGGUUAUUUUGAUGCAAAAAGAAUUAUGAUUUUCAAGGUUUUAACAGAGCAAAUGAUGAAUUGUAAGAAACACAUGUAAAAUGGAAUCAAAUGAUGAUCUUGUUUUGCCUUGCCUGGAUAGCAUAAGUGAGGUGGCCGCGACAUCAUCAACAU